AUGGUCUCUGCUGAGCCCCUCGAGCAUCUCGCCAAGCGCCCGCCUACUCCCCCAAAAGACGUCGACCACGACAUCAACCAAGCCAUCAGUCUUCUGAACGUCAACCUCGAAACAGCUCUCGGCCAGGUGCAACAGACGACCUCUCGUGCAGGCACGCCUGUCCAGCCUUCUCCGCCCUCAUCACAGGACAACGGCUCCCGUCACAAGUCAAGCAAGCGUGUCGUAUUCUCGCCAUGCAUCACCGCUCAUGACCCCACGCCCUUUUAUGCCACCUCAGCAGGCACUGCCAGUCCGCUGCCCCGCCGCUUCCCCUCGAGUAAGCAACCGCGGCCUUUCCGAUCCAUCUUGAAGGCCACUCUCGACCUCCAGACUCCCACACCCGACGCCGCAUCACCUGCUGCCGAUUACUUCUCCAUCUCAGAUCCAAAGACAUUUCCCGUCAUGCUUGACUCAGUCUUAAAGUCCCUCGAGGCUCCCUCGACCGCAAUGCGUAUGGAUGGGUAUAGUACCCUCAAUGGUGCUCUCAAAGCCUACGACGAUCUGCCUGACGCCGACGCAAUGCGCUUAAAGAUGCCUCUUCUCACCAAAUACAUGUCUCGCGAUAUCCUUGAAUCAGGCCGAAAGGCAGACCCAAUGACGUCGAGUCUGACUACACAAGCUCUCAAGCUCACAACUGCCAUCUUGAUGACGCCUGCUCUUGCCGACACUCUGGAUGAACAAUUCCAAACUCUGCUCGUCGACCGCGCUAUUGAGCUAUUGGAACAGGAUCCAGUGCCGAAGUCCAUCGCAAAUCAUCACAUGUUUCUCCUUGCAACUCAACACUUUUCGUCAAGAGUGGUUACAGCGACUAAAGUAGAGCGUAUCGUUGCUUCUCUCACCACCAUCCACGAGCGUGUCAGCGGCAACAGUGUUAUUGCGUCUCGGCUGGUCAUCUUCCAGCGAUUAAUAGACCAAGCGCCUGCGACUAUGCUUGCCAACAUGCGUGAUUGGAUGCCCCACGUGUUUCAUGGUGUUCUGAGCAGCAUAAAGGACAUCCGAGCGAGAGCCAUUGAAACUGGUAUGCAUGCUUCUACCAUGUAUGGCACGACUUAUCAGUCAACCAAAGUCAUCAUUGAUCUUUUCCACACAGCGACUGCGGAAGGCAGUACUUACGGCGCAUAUUUCACUGCCCGUUUGUUUGACAUGGCCAAACCGAAAGAGAGCGGUGAAAACACAGACCUUGAGGAAGCUGUUCCGCAAAUCUGGUCGAUGGUCGUACUUUUCUUCAGAAGCAAAAAGGUCAGAUUGUCACAAUGGCGAUUGUUCUGUGAAGAAUGGUUCCUUCUAAUCCAAAAUUGCCUGAACAGCAAGAAUCUUACGGUCAAGUUUCGGGCGACUUGCGCCUGGAAUCGCCUUGUGUUUGUCGCCAACCCAGACCGCGAGAUGCUUGAGAAGAUGGAGGGCUGGGAUCAUACCCUUCGAGUUCCCUUCGUACAUAUUCUGCAUACGAACAAGGGACGAGACAAGAAAAGCAAGGAGAUCCGUCACAUCGCACUUUCUGGUUAUUGCAACUUGCUGCACUACUCGCUAAGACCGUCUCAGCCAUGGGAAGACUUGGACUAUUUCUGGGAUUUCUAUGUUCAUCAAGUGCUCUCAAAGCUGCUUUUGUCGGGCGGCAGAGACGCCAGCCUUGCUUGUCGAGUACUAAAAGCACUCUUUGACGGAAAGUCCACUGUCUGGGACGAAGAUGUUGCCAACAAAGCUCCAAUACUCCCCGAGUCACUUUCCCGGUUGGAUUGCAAAUGGAUACGGUCCAGGACCCGUAUUGUACUGGAUCUGCUUGGUCCUUUCCUCGAGCUGUCGUUAGCUCAGCCACGCGGUGGACGUGGCAUCGACGGGACUCCUUGGCGUGAGUUUUUGACUGCAGUCGCCAGUGCAGGCAGUCAUGAGGUUUUGAGAUCACAAGAACUUAAAGAGUGCUUGGCCCAGUUAAUGAAUCUGUUCGGCCGCUUAUGGGCAAAGGCUCCCAAGACCGAGGAUCAUUUGGACACACCUUGGAUCUCGCGGUUCACAUCGCUUGUACAGUGCUCCAUUGACAUUAUUGGACCUUUGCCAUUUAGCGAAGAGAAUCUUGCUCGCAGUGAGACUAGAAGUUUAGAAGCAGCACCGACUCCAUCAAACCGCUCGUCAAAACACCAUGCGAGACUGCAGUCUUCUGCCUCGUUCCUUUUCGACUUGUUCGCUCAACCGCCAUCCGCAGUCGAUGUCGACACGGCAUACUCGAACGCUGUCCAGACGAUACUGCACAGUGUCUGCCUAGGAAGAAACUCGCGCAAGGAACGACUAGAAAUCAUCCGAAAGUGUGCUCAAGCGAGCUUGGCUUCCAAUUCAGUGCUACUCUGGAAGACUGCAGUACGAGAAACCACUGCAGUUCUUCUCGAUUCCAAUCUGAACGAACCCGUCCAAGAACCAGCCCGCUUAGGACACCAAGCUCGACACGCCAUCUCGAUCCUAGCCGCUGGCUUUCACCAUCAUGAAGAUGGGCAAGACGCUUUGCGAGCUGCUUUCGAGCUUCUCGGUGUGCUAGCGAAGAUCCUAAGGCAGGAAGCUGGUGAGGGUGGUGUAGCUCUUGGUCUUAUGGAACCGCUAGCUGAGGCCCUCUUGCAACAACGAGACCAGACUAUCCCAAAGUCUGUCUUUGUUCAGUACGCUACAAAGGUACUCCAACUAGGCACUUUUCCUCGUAACAAGCAGCAGAUGGACGAAGCACGCAAAUCUCUGUGGAACACGCACCCACCCUUCUCGAAGCAGUCGAGCUUCGAGCCAUUCAACCACGUUUACGAGCUUGUGAACUCGACAAUGCUAAUGGCAUAUGUCAGCAUCAGUGACACUGCACCAUACCUUGCGGAAUUCAUCAUGUCAAUCCAGGAAUUGUUGUCCAAGUGUCCUUUGUCUUUGUUCGCAUCGCCAGCGGUGCGCAGAUUGCAACCUGGAAUAUCACGUGUCAUCAAGGAUGAUGAUCGUGUACUCACGGGCAGCAUAGAGUCCCAAGAGGUGUUCUUGAAGGUUCUUUCGUUCUGGCAGUCCGUACUCGUCCAGCUGAAGAACUUACCUUCCAAUAAGACACUACUAAAAGCAUUGGACGAGAUGUUCGCUGCUGGCCUGAACAGUACACAUCGCCAAAUCAUCAAUUUCACCGUGUCGUUCUGGAACACUACAUUCGGUCAGCUUGACUCCCUCGACUACCCAACCAAGGUCGAGCAAGCAGUAAGGCGACUUCGUCCGCUCGUUGAGCUCGAUCUACCCACAUUCCCCGAAAACCCCAAUACGCCGAUAUUGUCGCCACUGCGUGAUCUGAUCGAUACGCAACAAGACAUGUGUGUUGAGGAGACACCAUCACCUGCCAGGCUUCCCUUGACUAGAAGACCCCAGAAGAUGAACGUAUUGAAUUGCCGGAUGUCUGCCUCUGCUAGUCCUCGAAGAGCAAAAUCCGUCACACGCAGACAACCUAACGUUAAAAUAGCGCCAAAAUCAAAACUGCGACACGAGGAUUCUCAAGUCGAAUUUACGGCUGUGGAAAGCUCGUCGCCAGUUGCGAUGGAGUCUCAGCUUCUGACCGAACACCAGAAGGAGGUAAAAUCUAGACAACGGAUCGAAACUGCAGACAUGUAUCCCGACUUCUCGUCGAGUCCAGGCCUACAAAGGAGAGUCACAAGAUCAGGACUGUCAUUCCUAGACUUCUCGGGCCAGGUGGUCACAGAUACUGGAUUCGCUACUCCUACGCUGAAUGACGAACAUGGGCCGAUGGAUGAGUACAUCACUUCUUCACCCACGCCAAAGGCAGCUGAGAAGAUGCAAGUGCCUGUAGCUAAGGACACAAUCAUGGAUGACUCGGCCUUUGAAGCUGAUGAUGCUGACAUUCCGUCUUCUCCUCCAGAAAUGGCAGAUGAGACUAUAUACGAAGGCACGACCGAGAUUGAAAACGUUCAAACAGCGGAGCAGGAGGGAUCACAUGGAGCUGUCUAUGAUAGCGUCGUUGGGAAUCAGUCAAUCACUGUGCCUCAGGAAGAAACCGCGAUGGAGAUCUCGACAGUGCUGCCAGCAAAUGACUUUGAAGAGGAGCCAGUGGUGCCACUUGUCAAGCCACAUCUUAUGAUUCAGCAUCCAGCUCAAACUUCCAAGGGCGGCAUUUCGUCCGACGUCUUCACCGAUGCUAGAUCAGAGCCCGCUAACACCGAGCAUGAGACUACGGCUGUGGGUGACACAAAAGAUGACAGCGAAGCCUCGGAAGAAGUGCUGGAAGGUCAAGAUGUCGGCGGGCCUGACAUGUCCUCUCCCAUAAGUUUCUCCAACAGUCUAUCUCAACGGGCUCCAGAACAAUAUCAAGGUCUCCAGGACUUGGCAGAUGAGGCACCACAAGCCAAUACUCCAGGUGACAUCAGCAGAAUCUUGGACUCCUUUGUUGAGAAUGCGGCCAAUGAGGGCGACUCGACAAUGGUUCAGGAAGAGAUGCGCGUUGAGCCCGAUAUUCAGAAUAGCACUUACCCAUCAACAUCUAAGCGCAAAAGAGAUGAGGCUGUAGAGACACGAACUUCGGCCAAACGUCGAAAGUCGUCCGCGUCUCCUUUCAGACGUAUGGUGACCAGGACUCUGUCAUACUUCACUGCUAGCCAGAUCGAAGAAGAUGAUGACGACGAAGAGAUGCAGGAUUGUAUUGUUGUGGGCAGUCAGAACGACCAAGAAGAAGAGUCUCCUCCAGAAGACGCAGAAGCUUCCCCGAAUCCCGAAACGGCCUCUGCAAAUGCCGCUACAACUACAACCAAGCGUGGUCGCGGAAGAUCAAGAAAAUCGACGACCCCCAACUCAGCCAGUCCAGCAUCGUCCGUGGUGACACGUGCUUCGAAACGUCGUGCAUCAAUCCUCGAUGCUGAGGAAACUCAAGACUCUAUCAUCAUCGACACGCCAGCGCCUAGCAAAUCUCGAAGAUCCACACGGAGUCAAGAUGCGAAGACAGGCCAAUCGGUCGCACAUGUCAUGCUUCCGCAGACUCAACGACGAGGACACAAGCCCGAAGCUGUUGCUGCCAGCCCAGGUCUUUCUGUUGAGCCCUCGUUGGUGGAAGAGUCAAUUAUCGAGCAGCAAAUGAUUGAAGAGCAGGAGGACGAUGAGGAUGACGGUAAUGAAGGUGCUGAUUCGCAGCUUAAGCAUGAGGAGAAGGCGGCAAUCUUUGAGCGACCUGUCGCUCGACCACUGGGCAUGAUCGGGAAGCUGAAAGAACUUCUCAUCGACUGCAAAACGUUGGUUCUUGGACCGCGAGAGGAGAGAGAAAUUCAAGACGUCCUAUACUUGCUAGGACGAGAGGUUUAUGACGCUCGGAGGCGAUUCGACGGAUAG